GGGAGGCAGGCUUUCCUGAGAGUACUUCCCCCUUCCUUCUCCUUUAACUUUUGCCAAUGGGGCCACAACCAGCUUUCUCAUUUGGUAGCAGAAGCUUGAUGGUGCCUUUUCCUCCAAUAUCAGAGGCUGAAGUUCCCAACAAACUCAAGCCCACCAGCAUCUUGCUGCCCAGAAAGGUUGGAGAUGGCAGUCUUUCCAAACUCCUGCCUCCCGGGGUGUCUGCUUAUUUUCAUUCUCCUCCAGCUGCCCAAGUUGGAUUCUGCUCGUUUUGACGUGAUCGGACCCCUGGAGCCCAUCCUGGCGAUGGUGGGUGAAGAUGCAGAGCUGCCCUGUCGCCUCUCCCCCAACGUGAGCGCCGAGGGCAUGGAGCUGCGCUGGUUCCGGGAGAAGGUCUCGCCCGCGGUGUUCGUGAGCCGAGAAGGGCGAGAGCAGGAGGGAGAGGAGAUGGCUGAGUACCGGGGAAGAGUGUCGCUGGUGGAGGACCACAUCGCCGAGGGCAGCGUCGCUGUGAGGCUCCAGGAGGUCAAAGCCUCUGAUGAUGGGGAGUACCGAUGCUUUUUCAGGCAGGACGAAAACUACGAAGAGGCCAUCGUGCAUCUGAAGGUGGCUGCUCUGGGCUCUGGUCCUCACAUCAGUAUGGAAGUUCAAGACAGUGGAGAGAUCCAGCUGGAAUGUACCUCAGUGGGAUGGUACCCAGAGCCCCAAGUACAGUGGCGAACUCACAAGGGAGAAGAGUUUCCAUCCAUGUCAGAGUCCAGGAAUCCUGAUGAAGAAGGUUUGUUUACUGUGAGAGCUUCAGUGAUCAUCAGGGACACCUCCAUGAAGAAUGUGUCCUGCUGUAUCCGGAACCUCCUUCUUGGCCAGGAGAAAGAAGUAGAGAUUUCCAUACCAG